AUGGCUCCCGUUGACCUCCCUCCAUUCGACAAACUGACCCUCGACCCCUCCGGUCCCAAAGGGAAUGCCUGGGGUCUCUUCGGCAAAGACAAUAGCCUCGGCAUGCUCAAUCUGCUCACCCCAGAUGUCGUGCAGGCUGCAGCGAGUGAAAUCAAGGACGGAGACCGCUUUGGGCUGGACUGGAAGCUCAACGCCCUCGGGCAACCGUCCUUUGGCAGACAGCCGUUUCACCAGAAGAUCGUCUCCAAGGCGCCCAGAACCAUCAAUGAUGAUGUUUUGACCUUCAACACUCAAGGGAGCACGCAAUGGGACGGAUUCAGACAUUUUGGUAACCAAACACACAAAGUGUUCUUCAAUGGCACGACGCAGCAGAUGAUUGAGACCAGCGAUAUCUUAGGUAUUGAUUCCUGGGUAGAAAAGGGUGGCGUUGUUGGACGCGGCGUACUCAUUGACGUUGCGUCUUACGCCGAACGCAACAACAUCACUUUUCCUGCGUUUGAGUCCUCGGUAAUUCCACUAGAUCUCGUUAAACGCGUCGCAGAAGAAGAAAAUGUCACCUUCAGGCCAGGCGACAUCCUCUUUAUCAGGUCCGGAUUCACAAAGGCAUUUGAGAGCCUUGCCGCCGACGAGGCGACUGCAGUCGGCCGUCGAGAAGUGGCCAAAUAUGUUGGCAUUGAGUCGAGCGAGGCAACUCUUAGAUGGCUUUGGGAGAACCAGUUCGCGGCUGUGGCAAGCGACGCAGUCGCCGUCGAGACCUCGCCUGUCGAUGGGCCCCAGAUCCCUCAAGAAUGGUCAUUGCAUCAGUGGUGUUUGGCUGGCUGGGGCAUGCCGCUUGGCGAGAUGUUCUACUUGGAGAAAUUGGCAGCUCACUGCGCGGAGAAGAAGCGGUGGUCCUUUUUCUUUUCGAGUGUACCGUUGAACGUCCCUGGUGGUGUCGCGAGUCCACCAAAUGCUGUUGCCAUCUUUUAA